AUGUCCAAGAGAUAUCGCCAGCUACUCCCUAUCCCUCCCAACGAAAACUCGCCCCCCAACUCGCACCCAUCUGGAUCUUCCUCGACUCCACGGUCCUCCAGCGACGAACCUUUGAAGCGACAACGAAUCGGAACACAACUAGCAUGCGACUCGUGCCGUAAGAGGAAGAUUCGUUGCGAUGGAAGAAAGCCCAUGUGCGAGGCUUGUCGACGACGUGGCGAAAAGGAACCAUGCACCUAUGCCGAGACUCGGAGUCCGGGCCAGACGAGUAAGGAAACAGAGCAGAUUCUGGGGCUGUUUGAUAUAUUGAAGACAGUACCCGAGGCGCAGGCCAUCGAUGUUCUACGAGUCGUGCGAAGCCACGCAGAUCUCGAUACAGCCGUGUCGAUAAUCCAACCGCGGAUAACAAAGAACAUUAAUGACCAUGAACGCUCCCCUGAGCACCCUCGGCACCUGGGCCUUGAAGCUGAGCUCAUGGCAAGAAAUUCUCUCGCAUUUCCAGCGCUCCAACCCCUUGAAUCUAGUAUCUUGAAGAAAGUCUUCAGCGUCAGCCGGACAUCAUCGAGCACGCAAACCGACAAAACUACCCCAAUCACCAACAGUGACCCGAACCCGUUCCCAGCCCAUGAUCCUACCCAGAGCCCAGCACCCACCCUAAGCUCAUGUGACAAACGACUAGAAGAACUGAAUAUUGGGUUUUGGACCUCUGUACCAAUCGCCUCCGACUUGGCAGCAAAGGUCAUAUCACUAUAUCUGGAGACUGACCACCCUUUAUUGGGCCCCUUUGAUCCUACCCUGUUUAUGGAAGAUCUGGUCCAUUGUCGAACCAAACACUGCAGUAAACUACUGGUCAGUACCAUUAUGUACUGGAGCUGUCAAAUGUACAGUGCAGUCGACUCUACUGUUCAGUCACUCAUACCACGGUUUUGUGAAGAGGCCGAGAAACGCUGGUCCCUUGAAAAGGCGACAGAUUCUCUGCUGAAUCUUGCUGCAACACAACUUCUGGGCUUAGCAUAUCUGGGUAAUGGAAAAGAUCACUACGUCUUGACGUAUGUAUCUGAAGUGAACGCCAUGGGGGCUCGCAUGGGGCUUUUUGGCGUCGAGCAAAGCGUUGCGAUUUCGAAAGCAAAGCAAGUGAGCCCCGAGCUACAAAGCGCGACAUCGUAUGCGGCCUGGGGGGCUUUUAACUGGAUAGUGCUUAUGGCUUUGUUCUAUCAACAACCUGGCCUCUCGUAUCCCGAGCACCCCCCUAUAGUCCCAAUACCAGGACAUGAAUGGAAUGACCCUUCUGAUCCCAGCCCCGGGGCUCAUCAGCAGAGACCUAAGCAGGCGUACAUGGGAGGCACGUUUCCGAUUAUAUGUCGAUUUUGGAGAAUAAUGCACGAAGUGACAUUGAAAUACUAUCGUGAUCAGCCUCUACCGUGCGAAAGCCUCAACAGUCACAUUACACUCGCCUUUGCGGAAUACAAAUAUCGAGAGUUGAUAGCUUGGGCAGAAACACUGCCUCCAUCUAUGGUGCGUUCAGAGCGGAGUCCGCAUCAUGUUUUGGUCUUUCAUAUCUGGCUCCAUGUCGCUAUUCUGUGUGUCCUUCGCCCAUUUACAGUUCGUGCGAGGGAUUCACCGAAACCACUGCGACUGAAAACAUUUCCCUGCAGACGCAGCUCGCCUGAUGCCGCAUACAAGGCAUCCGCGAAUCAGCUCAAGCGUCUUGUGGUGAUGUACCGAGAACAAUAUGCAUGUUCAUCUUACACGAUGUUAUGGCAUACUGCUCUGAUCCACAUCGCCAAUGCGAUUCUUGGAGAUACAAAGGAUCCUGCCUGGCGCUUCUACCUAUUCUUUUGUGUCGAAAGCUACGGAGAACUACGACGAGCAUUCCGGUUUGCCGAAACGAUCGGUCGCAGCAUAUUGUCCAUGGCGCUUCAGCAAGGCGAUCUAUCCACAGACGAAGCACGAAGACUAAUGGUACAGUUUGAGGAGAAUAGGCUGACUAGUCCGUCGGAAGAUAUACGGGCGACUUUCAUGGCUGAUUUGAAUCUUGCCAUGACGGAUCCUGAAGAAGCAAGUGUAGAGAGCCUGUCUGGCAGGUUUGAGGAUAUUGCACUGUUUCGGGAGUUUACAAAUGCAGGCGACUCAAACGAGGAUGAACCAGUAGAGUCUGAUGAUAAUACUUGGGACAGGUUGUGA